AUGAACCACAAGAGCAAGAAGCGGAUCCGCGAGGCCAAGCGGAGUGCGCGGCCGGAGCUCAAGGACUCGCUGGACUGGACCCGUCACAACUACUACGAGAGCUUCUCGCUGAACCCGGCGGCCGUGGCGGAUAACGUGGAAAGGGCAGACGCGUUACAGCUGUCCGUGGAAGAAUUUGUCGAGCGCUACGAAAGACCUUACAAACCCGUGGUUCUGCUCAAUGCCCAAGAGGGCUGGUCUGCUCAGGAGAAAUGGACCCUGGAGCGCCUCAAAAGGAAAUACCGGAACCAGAAGUUCAAGUGCGGUGAGGAUAACGACGGUUACUCGGUGAAGAUGAAGAUGAAAUACUACAUCGAGUACAUGGAGAGCACUCGAGAUGACAGCCCCCUUUACAUCUUUGACAGCAGCUAUGGUGAACACCCCAAAAGAAGGAAACUUCUGGAAGACUACAAGGUGCCCAAGUUUUUCACUGAUGACCUUUUCCAGUAUGCCGGGGAGAAACGCAGGCCCCCUUACAGGUGGUUUGUGAUGGGGCCGCCACGCUCUGGAACCGGAAUUCACAUCGACCCUCUGGGAACCAGUGCCUGGAACGCCUUAGUUCAGGGCCACAAGCGCUGGUGCCUGUUUCCUACCAGCACGCCCAGGGAACUCAUCAAGGUGACCCGUGAAGAAGGAGGGAACCAGCAAGACGAGGCCAUUACCUGGUUUAGUAUCAUCCAUCCCCGGACGCAGCUUCCCACCUGGCCGCCCGAAUUCAAACCCCUGGAGAUCUUACAAAAACCAGGAGAGACUGUCUUCGUACCAGGAGGCUGGUGGCACGUCGUCCUUAAUCUUGACACCACCAUUGCCAUCACCCAGAAUUUUGCCAGCAGCACCAACUUCCCUGUUGUAUGGCACAAGACGGUAAGAGGAAGACCAAAGUUAUCGCGGAAAUGGUAUAGGAUCUUGAAGCAAGAGCACCCCGAGUUGGCGGUCCUGGCCGACUCGGUUGACCUUCAGGAGUCCACGGGGAUCGCAUCCGACAGCUCCAGUGACUCCUCCAGUUCCUCCAGCUCCAGCUCGUCCGACUCGGACUCGGAGUGUGAGUCCGGGUCUGAAGGGGACGGGACGACGCACCGCAGGAAGAAGCGGAGGACGUGCAGCAUGAUGGGAAACGGGGACACCACCUCCCAGGACGACUGUGUGAGCAAAGAGCGCAGCUCCUCCAGGUGACCACGCACGGCCGCCGUCUGCGUAGGAGGGACGUGGCCACACGAGGGGCGGGGCCCUGGGGAGGUCAGCCUUUCAGGUCCGCGGUCAAGGGGAGGGCCGGACAAAGGCAGAGAAUGAGGGCGCUCUCGGAACACGAGUCCGUUCGCUCGGCCUUUGCUGCAGUGGCUUUUUUCACCGCUACCGGUGCAGGUUAACGUGGCUUCUUUUACGCGGAAAGGCAAGAAUCUGUGCGGAUGGUGCCAAGGACACCCUUAAUGUUAUUUAAUAAAAAUUAAAUCCGUUUUC